AAAAAAUACGUAAGAUGUUACCCCUGAGAGAGAAAAGUAAACAAAGUCGUGUUGCUGCUGCUGCUGCUCCUUAUUUGACCUCCCUAGGCCUCAUUUAGGCCUACUUGGACUCUCCCAGCUUAGGGUUUCUGCACCAGACGUGGCGGUACGACGACCUUCAGUUUUUACCAAAAUUUUAACAGUUGGGUCGUGGCCUCAAAACGUGGAUGCGCUGGAUUGAAUUUCGAUGCCGAAUUCAUCUUCCCUGUUUGCUGGAUGGUUGUGAUACAGGAAGACACUAGAUGAUACAGCCAGGACACACUAGAUGAUACUAGGACACACUGGAUGAUCCAAGCACUGCAACAUCUUGCAUGAUCAACCACAGUGUUGCACAUCUCUCUGCAGUCUCCAAAGUGCAGUAUGGCAUGCAAGACAUGUACUGCAUGAUGUGUAUAGAGUCGUUCACGAUUUCAGCUCUAUGAGAACUGAACAACGACAGUGCCACCUUCAGUGCGGGUUCUGUAUGGUGAGUUGAUCUGCAAUGUCGUCUCCUAGCGAGAGUGCGCAAGACACAGGUACCAACACAGCAAUGGAGUCUGGCAUGUCCACAUGUCCAUCUGUCAACAAGAGUCCCUCUGGCUCGCGUACCCCAGAGAGACCUCCAAGCGAAGGGUCACCCAUUUCCGAUGACACAUGUCCCAUAUGUCUUAGCCAUAUCACUGACAAGUGCGUGGCUAAUUCUUGUCUACAUGGCUUUUGUUUGGUAUGUCUAAAAGAAUGGUCAAAACAGAAAGCUGUUUGUCCUCUUUGUAAACUAAGUUUUACAAUUAUAAUGUACGACAUCAAAUCUGAAAGUGAGUAUAAGGAAUGGAAAGUGCCGAGGCCUGACCCACCGGAACGAAACCAGGGAAUCGCCAAUUUUCAGGAGUUUCUUGAUGCGGAAAGGCGUAGAUUCUUUGGGUAUCGGACAACUAAUUUCCCCGGCGCUGCUACGCUGCGUCAUCUGUAUCCCGGGCGCCCCCAAGCCAUUCCCGAUGCCAUUCCUUCUGGUCCACGUGAACGUAGACCUUCUAGGUUCAAUCUCAGGGGUUCAUCUAUGUUUCGUCUCAGUGUUUAUCUCAACAACGUAUGGGUGCAGCCUAUAGCAGAUAUUACAGGUAGUUAUCGACAGAGCUCUCCCGAUUUAUAUCGGGAACAACCUGCACUCACGCAUCGCCUGGUACCUUGGGUAAAUCGUGAGCUGGCAGCUCUUUUGCCAUCCUCCAGAGUUGGUGUAGUUCUUGCCGAAGUCAUGGAUCUUAUCGUCAGAUAUUCCAUCAAUUCCCGAGAAUUUCGACGUGCAAUGCAAGUGCAUCUUGGAAGGCGCACAAAUCACUUUGUCCAUGAAUUCUACCACUUUGCUCUCUCCCCCUAUGACAUGGUUGGCCACGACAAUGCAGCUCAAUACGUCCCAAGAUAUGGUUUUAACGAAGAUGAGAGCAGCAGCAGCAGUUCGGAUGACAGCGAUGCAGUGGUCGAGGUGGACAUGCGCGGAAAUCCCGUGAGCGCUAACUCUGGAGUAGAGACUCGCCAGGGUCCUGCAGGAGCUGGUGCACUCGUGGCGAGGGUAGAGACUUUAACUCAGGAAGGAUCUGUUGUGAUCAGCAGUGAUGACAGUUCCAGUUCAAGUUCCAGUUCUAGCAGUGAAAGUGAUGAUGCUGAAUAUCCAGCAACGCAACAGUCGGCAGCUGUGGCUGUACCUUCAACGCCAACGCAGCCAGACUUUUCAGAGACGCACAAUCCUGAACCACCUGAAACAUGCAGCAUGACUCGCUUACUAGGCCGUACCAAAGACUUCCUCAGCACAAUCAAUGAGGGAGCAUCAACAUCAAGAUCAGAAGAAAACCGUGCAACACAGCAGCAACAUGCAAACAGCACACUAAAAACCGAGGUGUCCUCAGACAGUGAACAGUCCGACAGCUGCAUUGUCAUCGAAGAGGUUAAAAAAAGACAGAAGACCCCAGAGAUAAUUGACUUAGAGAGUGAUGAGGAUGAAGAACUCGAAGCAUCGUCUAAAGAGAAGCAUCAUCAUGGUAAGAGAUUCCGUGAUAGUGACAGAGCUGAACAACACACACCAUCAUUCAAAGAAAAAGAUAAUCACUGGAAGAAAAAAAUUAGCCAGGAUUUUAUUAGAGACAAAGGCAGCAGCAGCAGUUCCAAUCUUUCUUCAAAUCAACACAAAAAGGGGCGGAGGAAACCAACCCUCAAGAGGACCAACUUCCCUCUUCCGCUGAGCGAACCCAGUUGUAGUGGAUCUUCCAUCAGGAGAACAGCUAAAGAAGACCACAGCUACUGUGACGACAACGAAUCAGCCAGUGUCGAAGCCUCCACCUCGAACGAUCGUUCAGAAUCUGUUCAGACAUCUUCCAUUGAAAUUUCACUUAAGUGGCAUAAAAGUUCGAAGAAUCUUGACCCAGUAUUAAGUGUGAAAAAGAAAGAUAAACAAAGUGAAAACGUAAAUAUAAGUCUUUCCUCAAAUGAUGAGUCGAGUUAUCAAAAUAUCGAGAGUUUGCAAUGUAAAUACAAAGACAUUAAGACUAGUUCUAAUGAAAAAUUAACGGAGAAAAAGAAUACAUUUGUAUCCUCAAAUGGCGAUUCUAAUUUUCAGAAUGUAGAGAGUAGGAAGCAUUUAUGUGAAGAAAAGACUGGCACUAAAGUAAAGCACACCAGUAAGAGCAGAGAUGAUCCUUGUAGUUCCAAUUACUCUAGACAUAGGGUGAAAUCCCCUUUGAAGGAGCGGAACUCAUCGGGCAGACAUGCGAGGAAGGAUCACCGUUCUAAGAUCAAAAGUUCGUUGAGAUCGAACUCUAGGCAUGAUACUCGCACAAGAAACAGUUUUACCAACUACCAUGUUUCUGAUAGUUCCAGUGAAGAGUGGUCCAAUUCUGACCGCCUUCUGACUCCCCCAUCAAGCAAGACAGAGAGUACAUCAUCCUGGCAGGAACAGAGUUGGGAUAGCCAGAGUAGAGAAUCAUCCAGCAACUCCAAAGACUCAUGCUACAAGGACUGGAAAACUGACUACACCAGUUCGAAAUCUAAGCAUUCCAGUAGAAAACGAAAGCGGAAGACCAAGGACCGUCAUAAGGCCGAAAAGAGCAAAAAGAGCAAGAAAAGCAAGCAUAAGAGAAAGGUCAAGUCCAAAAAAGCCACAUACAAGAUAAGUUCUUCAGAAUCAGACACAGAAUCAUCGGAGCAGAGCUGUAAAAGAUCCAGGAAGAGAAAAAGAAUCGUGUCGAGCUCCGACUCCUCCGACUAUGAAUACAAGAAGAAAAAACAGUCGACAGUUAGGUACUCAUUCUCGGGCUAUCAUUCAUCACCAUUCAGCCCACAUUCAUCACCAGGCGAUGCACAUUCAUCAUUCUAAAAUGAUUAGUGCAUAAAUUUAACCUGUUAAAUAUUUUAACAUGUUAUUGUAGCCAUUAGCAGAUUUGUCCACAUUGAACUUGCUUUUAUCUCACGAAAUUAACAUUAACAUCUUUAAUUUUCUCUCCUUUUGGGAUUAUUUCAAAUUUGUUCCAUAAAGAAAACUUCAUUUUGUGCCACAUUAUUGUCCUUUUUUGAUUUUGUACCAUAAAAAUUGAUUUUGUCCCAUACUUUGGGUUUUGUCCCAUAAACAUUGAUUUUGUACCAUAAAAAUUGAUUUUGUCCCAUACAUUGGGUUUUGUCCCAUAAACAUUGAUUUUGUACCAUAAAAACAGAUGCCUGUUACUCUAUUAACAGAGACUAGUGUUCCUGAUGGUAAUAAAAUACACACUUAGCAUGUGUUUAUUCUCAUGUGUUGCCCAGUGAAUUUAUCUUUCUUAUGCAACACUGCAACAUGCAUUGUUGACUUACUAUCGUGACUAUCUUACUGGGAUAUACUGUAUUAGUGUUGAGCUUUAUUAUGCCACACUAAGUAAAGCGUCCUUGUAUGGAGUAUUGUUUUACUAUUGUGGGAUGUAUUACUGGGUAAUAAAGUUGGUCUGUGUAGUGUCUCUACCAGAUACUUGACUGGAACAGGUAAAGUCGCAGUUUCUUGCCUGGAACGAGUGUGAUGGUUGCAGUUUCUUGCCUGGAACAAGUUGCAGAAACUCCACACUUCUAAGGGCCCCUAUGGCAACACAGUCACAUCACCAUAGGCCUCACCAUCACUACCACCCUCUACCACCAUCACUACUACCCUCUACCACCAUCACUACCACCCUCUAUCACCAUCACUACCACCCUCUAUCACCAUCACUACUACCCUCUACCACCAUCACUACCACCCUCUAUCACCAUCACUACCACCCUCUACCACCAUCACUACUACCCUCUACCACCAUCACUACCACCCUCUACCAACAUCACUACCACCAUCACUACCACCCUCUACCAACAUCACUACCACCAUCACUACUACCCUCUACCACCAUCACUACCACCCUCUACCACCAUCACUACCACCUUCUACCAACAUCACUACCACCCUCUACCAACAUCACUACCACCCUCUACCACCAUCACUACCACCCUCUACCACCAUCACUACCACCCUCUACCACCAUCACUACCACCCUCUACCACCAUCACUACCACCCUCUACUAACAUCACUACCACC